AAAUUAGUCAGCGACAAGUUCAGCUCUCUCACUGAUCUCUUCCUCUAUCCGUUCCCGCCGCCGCACGUCUGAGAUCUAAUUCCCCCCCUGCGCAUAUUCAUUUUUGGUAGACACACCUCUGAUCAAGUAAAGAGCGGCUCUUAAGAAGAGAUGGAAACGGUCACGGUACUACCGUCAAACACUGCUGAACCUCAACCUACGUCAGCUCCUCCUGCACCAGGCAGUAGAGCUUGUACGAACUGCGCUAAAGUGAAAUGUAAAUGCAUCUAUCGGGCCGAUGGCGCCACCUGCGAAAGGUGCCACCGUCUGAAGAAAGAAUGCACGCCGUCAACAUCGGUUGGUCGUCGCACCGCAAAGCGUCGUGGGAUCUCCAGGACAGCUCGACUCGAGGAAAAGCUUGAUGAACUUGUCUCAUGCCUCAAGGCCCAGCGAGGCGCUGGGAAAAGAGACCCAGGCGACGAUUCCGAAGACACGGGCGAGCAAGGCGAAUAUGAAUCCGACGCAGAGACGGCUUCGAUUGCCGCCUUGACUCCGGCCACAGCCACCAAUAGCCUCGGAGGCACGACCCUCCUUAGCGCAGCAAAAACUCCGGAUUCCAGCAUCUCCUACUCUGACGAGCCAUCACCCCCGGAGGCCGAAGAGUUGCUGAAGAAGUUCCGGGAGGAAACAAUAGGGUUCUUCCCUUUCGUCUACAUUCCCCCACACGUGACCUCUCAGCAGCUUCGAGAGUUGUACCCCUUCUUAUGGCUGAACAUCAUAUGCACGGCCUUGGGGUCACCACGAAGGCGGACGGCUCUAGGUGACCAAGCGAGGAGCAUCAUCAUCCAGAAGGUAGUGGUUGAGCGGGAGAAGAGUCUAGAUCUUCUACUAGGUCUCCUUACUCUGGUGGGCUGGUCGCAUUUGCAGCGAAGGGAUAAGCCCUUUUGGACAUUGUUCUCCCAGCUCAUCGUUACCUUGGUUUGCGAUUUGGGCCUUCAUAGGCCCCCACCCGAUGGCCCUUCUACAUUUUGCGCCCCCAGCAAGGAGAGCGAUAUGCGCAUGCCGAGCUACUUUAGACGGCGCUCCCAUGAAGAGCAAAGGGCUGUGCUCGGUGCCUUUGUUCUUACUUCCAUGAUAUCAAACGUCUUUAAGCAUGCACCAGGGCUUCGUUGGUCUACCCAGCUUGAUGGCUAUCUCUUGAAUCUUGCCCAAGAUAGCACUGUAUCUCAAGAUGAGGCCUUGAUCGCCCAGGUGAGGAUGCAGCUGAUCGUGAACCAAACAUACGACGAUUCGUGGCAGACUAGUGGUGGGGGUGGUCCUCCUCCCCUUUAUCUCUCUGCCCUUCGAUCGCAGCUGCAUGAGAUAACCAGACAGGAGAAACUUGGAACUGCAGUUAGAAAUCAUCCUAUGAUAUUGGAGCUGUAUCACUUCACAGAGCUCCUCAUAAAUGAGUCUGCAAUCAGUAAGUCCACUACCCUAUGGAACGACCCAGACUUGCGACGAUUCGAAGUCUAUCAGAGCUGCCUGGUAUCAAUUAAAGGGUUUCUGGAUACGUUCUUCUCGACACCCAUCGCCUUGCUUGGAAACAUGCCAUUCACCAGCUACCCUCAGCUCGUCCGGGUCAUAAGGUGCCUGCAUACGAUCACCACCGUACAGGACCCGGCUUGGGAUCGAGCCGCCGUUAGGAGAAGCAUUGAUCUAAUCCCGAUAUGUGACAAGAUCAUUGGCACCUUUGAAUAUCUGAAGGCCGCUUCAGCUUUAGUGUCGCCAGAUGGCGGUGAGGAUGAAUCACACAACUGGGGUCUCGGGGUCUUCCGCAAAAUGAGGGCGACAUGGCACAAUGAAUUACUAAACAUGGAUGCGGUGACUACUACGGCCCGCGAGGCUAGUUUGGUCGACGGCACUCAGGGAGGCGGGUUUCCCAUAGACUUUGGGGGCGAUCCCUGGUUGUCCGAUGUAAUGAACGAAUUUUGGGAAUGAAGGCACUCAUGGACAGCAUCGCAAGAUACUCACUUCCCACUCACUUCCAUGCUCGCGUACUUUAUUAGAGUAUAUGGCAAUGUAGCUACUUAAUUAGCCUAAGGGACUGUGUCACUUAUAGAGCUCAGUUAAUAAUUGGAAUAUAAAGUCUUUAUUACUUCGUA